AUGGAGCGCAACGACUCUUCCGAAUCCAACCCUUGGGGUGCUGCACCCUCGUAUGCGGAGAGAAUAUCCUCUUUCCAGGUAGAACAGGAUCGCACUUACAACGAGCAGAUGGAAGAUGUACUCGCCUCACCUCCGAAGUCUCGCGCUAACGGCUUGAAUCCUGCUCGUACGUCAUCUGAUGGCACCGUUCCAGACACUGUCAACGACGACUUUGUGGCAUAUGAUGACGACGACGAUGAUAAUGGCCAAUUCGUGUACGAUGAUGCAGACGCGACACAACCUUUCAGUUCGACUCCGGAUGACAACAAUGCCUCCAUUGAUAUCGGCUCCGACAGCUACAGCGCCAAGAUGAAGGACAUCCUCGGUAGCGACGAUGAGGACGAGGUUGACACAACGACUGAGCUCAAUGGCAACUUUGAAGUGCAGUCAUCGCUCACAUCGCCCUCAUCUCCGACUACGCAGCGACGCCUCCCAAUACUAGCCGACGCUGAUGCUGCAUCCAGCUCCACACCGCGACACGCUGACGUUGCUCCCAGCGAUGAUGGGUCUUCCUUCCGUUACCCUCAUCCGUUGCCGAACGAUAUCAGCUUCGAUACCCGAUCCGCUUCUUCACACCAGCAUCAGCCGCAAUCAUCACGGCAACGUUUGCCAUCUCAGCCAUCUUCAUCUCGCAUCUUCACAUCCAGGUCUACCUCAGGGACAGGGCUCUCGCUCCUGCGCCAGUCCAACAUGAUGACAUCCGCCUCGACACCACAGCGACCCAUGGCAUAUCCGUCGCUCUCGCGCUUACGAGCAUCUGUAGGCAGGGCAACCAGCGCUUCUCUAUCAGUCCCAAAGCAUCUCCAAGUGGAGUCCGGCAGAUCCUCGGGCAAUGUCCCCGGCACACCAUCUUCGUCAUCGUCCCGUAACAAGUUGCGCUCGCCCUUGCCAUUCGAAUUCACGGCUAACGGCUUAGCUGCUGCUCAUGGUCAAUCCUCAAGAGAUGACGAUGCCUCCAGGUCGGCCAUUGCAGAGUCUUCCACAACGCAGCGUUCCAGGCAAAGCUCCUUCUCCACCAGCAUCAGUGGAUCUGUAACCGGUCACAACAAGCGUCGCCGAGCACGCGUGUCAUUCCCAUAUGGCGGCAGUCUCAAUGGCACAUCGUUGCUGCCAACGGCACAAAGUGCUGCCUCACUGCUCAGCGAUUCUGCUUCGUCCGCUUUCUCAGCGCAUCGUCUUGGCACUGCUCCCGAGGACAAUACUAGCUCGGAUGUCGCUUCGCCCGAGACUCAUCUUAAAGAGACACUAUCCAACAAGCGCGAAGAGCUUACUCGCGAUUUUGUCAAAUGGUCAGCACUGCGACGCAUUCUCGCCAAUGCAAAGUCAAGGCCCGAUGCCGCCGAUCCAAUCCCAACAGUGCUCGCUGUCGCCGGUGGUCUUAUCGCCAUUGGUACGCAAGGGGGGAGGACCAUCGUCUGCGACUUUGCACAGGAGCCUCUUGCUUCGUGUGGUCACGACGGACGUAGUUACGGCGAUGCCGUCACUGCUCUUGCCCUUUCUUCGGAUCACUCUUUCCUCGGUGUUGGUCAUGCUUCGGGCAAUAUCUUCCUCUACGACUUGUCCAACCCUAGACGUGCAGCACGACAUGUUCCACCAGUGCCUCUGUCAUCUGUCAAAGCCGGGAAGAAGGAAGGGCAUCUCUCUGGCUCUGCCAUCGUUCACAUUGGCUUUAUCGGUCUUCGUCAUACCGCCAUUGUCACUGCUGACAACAAAGGUCUCGCAUUCUACCAUGCCUUAGGCAAGAUCCUUGGCGUCAGCUCCAACGACACGCUUCGACUGCUCGGCAAGUACCCACAAUACGAGCAUGAGGACGAGCUCGGGCUAAGCGAUGGAAAGAAGCGCAAUACCAUCUUCCAGCUCAGUCCGCUGCCACUCGGCUCUCGGCCGCACGCUGCGGAUGAGACAACGUUUGUCGCCAUGAUCACACCAGCCAAGAUGGUUCUGGUAGGACUUAAGCCCUCGCCAAAGACUUGGUAUCGAAAGGUGCACAAGCAACCGGCAACAGAGAAGACGGUGGCAAGCGUCGUAACCGAAGGACCAGAAACUCAAGAGCCGGGCUGUCUUGCAUGGUACCCAGCGUCGACAGAGGUUGAUGGGAGGCGGACAAGGCAAACCAACCCCAUUCUAGCUUUUUCUUUUGGACCUACACUGCAUCUUGUCAGGCUGGUGACGAGGAAGGUCGAGCAGCGUCCAGAACCUAAAACAGCACGUGGAGGCAAUGCGGCCGCGACAAGCGUGGUCACGGAAGAGGUAGACAUGGUUGAGCUGACGGGCGAAGAUGGUAUCGAGGAGCCGGAUCACAUUAUCGCUUUGCAGUGGUUCAGUCCGGAUCUGCUCAUGUUGACGACACGGUCAGGUUUAGCGUUGUUCGACUGCCGUGCCGGCAAGGUGACAGAGCGUAUGAGAGGUGGAAGCGCUUCUGCGAUUUUGGCGAAGACCGUAGAGCAGCGAUACUAUGAUGCUGUGCUCCUUGGAAAGCCCUUCGAUCCUCGUGCAGAGACACAAGAUGAGCAUCCAACCUCGGUAGAGUCAUUAGCUGCUCGAUCUUGGGCGCUCAAUCACAGCGUUCGCAUCUCGAAAGGGUGCUCAUUCUUCUUGACCAAAUCAGAUCUUGUAGUCGGCACCCUUCUCUCUUGGGCAGACCGUCUGCUGCUCUACGUCAGUCAAGGCGAUUUCCUCUCAGCCAUCGAAUUAGCAACACUCUUCCAUCAGGACAAAUUCCUUGGCUCAGCCGUAGGUCUGCCCUCUGAGCCCAUCGAACGCACCCUCACCGUCACCAACAAACUCCGCGAGCUCAUGGCUGCGUCCGCCGAAUACGCCUUCUCUCCCGAUCGACUUACUGACUCGACCCAUGUCACGCCAGACGGUCGUGGCGUAGAUCGUACCUCCCUCUUCCAAGGUCUUGCUCGCGUUUGUGCGCGCGCCUGUCUCUCCCUGAACGACCUUGAUUUUCUCUUCAACACUCUCUACGAUAAGUACGAAGACAAUGGCAUCGAAGCCAUCUUUGUCGGGCAGAUGGAAGACUUUAUUGUCUCUGGAGAGCUGCGAACUCUGCCGAUUCCAGUGGUGCAGAGAUUGGUUGCGUUUCGAAGGGAUCGAGCCGAGUAUGGGCAGGCAGAGAGGAUUAUCUGGCAUGUGGAUCCGAAGUCGUUGGAUUUGGAUCAGACGCUGUCGUUGUGUUUGGAGAGGAGAUUGUACGACGCGUUGAUCUAUGUCUUCAAUAGUGCGUUGGAGGAUUGGGUUUCACCGAUCAUUGAGUUGCUGCACCCAUUGCGAAGGGCGAUUGUGCGCAGAAGGAAGCAGAGGAAAGAAGUGACAAGUGAGGUGGACCAGGAGGAUACCAGUGAUCCAUAUGCUCAUAUCCGAGUCGCCGACGACACCGCCGACAGUUCGGUGUUGGCAGAAGCGAAGGAGGAAGUGCCAGAGUGGGAGGCGGGAGAGAGAGAUCUUGAAGAUGCAUAUCGCGUCUUUUCAUACCUCUCCGUCAUUCUCACGGGCAACCGCUACCCGAGUCAGGAGCCGUUCGGAAUGGACGAACAAGCGAGCAAAGCCAAGAGCUCUAUCUACUCUUUCGUUUUCUCCGGCAGUUGCACAUUGUGGCCUCCCGGUCUGGGCGGUAAACUUGUGCUGUACGGUCUCAACGAUACUCAGGACGACCUCAAGCACGAGAGUCACGGGAAAAGUGAUGGCGAUCAUGAGCCUAUUUAUCCCUACCUUCGAUUGCUGUUGGAGUUCGACGCAGAGGCGUUCCUCGAUGCGUUAGAUUUGGCUUUUGAAGAUGGCUUCCUUGAUGACGAAGAUGUAGUGGGAAAGCGGAUUAGUAGACAACUUAUUGUGGAUGUGCUUCUGGAAUUGACUAGCUCGCAGGAGUCCAGCAGGCGAUCGGAAGGUGGUAAGUCUCAGACGCUGCCACUGAUGGCGAGGAUCUUUGUGUACAUCUUUGUCGCGAGGAACGCGCCCAAGUACCCGCAGUUCGUACGGCUGUCGCAGCAGAACGUGGACUUGUUGCUGCGGUCACUUGCGCUUCCUGUCGAGAAGAGCGGUGGUGAUGCGGUCUCUGUGGUGGAAGAAGAGGAGGUGAUCGACUCGACUCGAGAAGACCGCGAGCUAGCAGCUGAAUGUCUUCUCUCGCACUACAAGCCACGAUUCGACGACAACUGGUUGAACAUCUUCGAGCGCGCAUCGUUUCACCGCAUCUUGCGAUCCGCUUUCAGACAGGAGAAGAAAUGGGAUAGGCUGCUUGGGAUGUAUCUUCGAGAGCAUCUCCAGACCGAUUCCACGUUUUCAGACAGUGAAGAAGAGGGUAGCUCGAGAGGUGACGCAUUUGCUCAUUUCGAAGCAAUACUUUUCAACGCCACUCGCAAUGACACGCCAAAGAGGGAGCAGUUGCAGGCUAGACUGCACGAGCAGCUCUCGGACCACAUCAUUGAUCUGUUGGACCUAGAUGCGCUCAAGACUGCAGGGUUGCUCGAUAGGUUCUUCCCGCAGAAGCAUGGAGAGGUGUUGCAGAGGUUGGAGCAAUUGGAUGAGAAGAGGUUGCUGUUGUUCUUGCGGUGCUUUUUUGAGCCGAUGGAGGUUAGUAAAGCCGCAGCCGCACACCCGACGCUUCAGCCAAAGCUAUCCGGUAAUGAAGAGGAAGGACUUGGCUGGACCGAAGGAGGCCCAGCCGCGUGUACUAAUACCGCCUACAAUGCGGACGUUGGCAGGGCUAACGCAGAUCAUCUCGAGCAGAAAGAACGGGAAGUGUACUUCGACUUGCUCUGUCGUUACGAUCCCGAAGCGGUAGUACGCAAUCUGGACACUCGAGGCGCGACUUACUUUGACCUCGAGCGCUUGGUGCAAGUGUGCCGCAAAGGAGAUGUGGCAAUUGAUGGAUCGAGGGUGACGAGAAACAGCGAUACCGUGCUGUGGGCGCUGGAUCGAUUGGGGAGGUCGAAAGAAGCUUUCGAAGAGCUGGAUACAGCGUGCGCAAGGACGGCUGAUUCGCUCGUUUACGUUGCGGCAUCUGGGUCGGGAGGGGUCGCGGAAGAGCUUCUGGGCGAUGUCCGAAGGUGUGUCAACGUGGCUGUUCGGCUUUGUAUCGAGCGAGCGAAUGCUUUCGGUGGUGAGCAUGACAGCGAUGAUGAAGACCAACCCGCAAUCAAGGCAAAGCGGCAAGGAGAGAAGUUGGACACCGACGAAGUGUGGUAUCGUCUUCUGAGGAGUUUGGUGCGGUUGGUACACGAUGUUGCCCGCCUAGGUGCUUCUGCUUCCGAGAGCGACGAAAUACAACGACCGAAGCAACUACUCCACGGAGUCCGGGACAUUGUUCAAGACACACUUUCGGACCUCAUUUCUUCUACAGCAGCUGAAGCUGUUUCCUUCCCAGCGCUUUUUAGACGACUCACUGGUUCUCAGACCGACGACAAGUCGAAUGGAGAGGCAGAAAAAGAAGCAGGCGUUGCAGAGUACUACGCAGAAAUACGGUCUGUUCUCGACGGCAUGCUUUCAGCUUACCAUCUGCGAUCAGAACUGCUGGCGAUCACAAACAAGCUUUUUGACAGAGACACUUUCCAUCAGUUCCGCAGGUUGCAUGCUCAAAGGAAACAUGGGUGGAGACCGGCGGGUGGGGCAGCUGCUAGAUGUGCUGGAUGUGAGGUGCUGCUCAUCGGUCCUAAGCGCGGCUUUGCAGCCGAGUCCAGCAAGAAUUCUCCUGCAAACGGUGCGAUAACAGUCACUUCACCCGUCACUUCACCAGAGCCAACAAGCCAGCUCACCCGAGCGCCUUCAUUUUCCGCCCCCUCCCCGAGCAGAAAAGCCAGUUCAAGCCUAACACCAACAGCGUCGCUGCUACAACCUCGUCGACGAGCCAAGUCUCCGUAUGACGAGAAGGCUGCACCUCUGGCCUCACCGCGCACAGAUAAAGGCAAAGGAGUGGUCAGAUCCGCUUCAACCGAGUUCCAGCUGAAUGGCACCACUCCAGGUGCAAGUGGGUUCAACAGGAGGAUGGGGAGCGAAAGUAGCGUUGCUUCGCUCAGCGAGGUAGAUGGAUACUUUGGAAGCGAAGCAACGGAGCGUAGACCUUCGAAUGUGGUUAUGAAGCGAAGCAAUUCGAUUGCUAGUACUAUAGGGGUUAGUCUGAGGAUCAAUGAUGGGCCGGAGUGGAGGGGAAGUUUGGCGACUGAGAUCGAGGUGGAUGAGGCCACAGCCGAGAACGACGAAAAGGUUGAGGAAGAGGAUGGAGAUGGGACGAUUACUGCUUUCCCCACCAAAGCUCAAGCGAAUGCGUGGAUGGGAGAGGGAGCGGGUGAGGUCUCGUUUGAUGUAGAUGGGGCGAUGGGAGUAGGUGAAGGGAAUGAGCAGGAGAGAAUCGUGGUUCAAAAAUCUGGCCUGGUCUAUCAUGAGAGCUGUUGGAAGCGAUUGCACCCCUCUUCAGAUUCUGGUGAUCUUUGA